AUGGCGGCGACGGAGGCCUUGGCAGAUAAGAACGCCGUCUUCCGCAAGCUCCGCGCCAAAUCGGACAACAAGAUGUGCUUCGAUUGCAACGCCAAGAACCCGACGUGGGCGUCCGUCACCUACGGCGUCUUCCUUUGCAUCGACUGCUCAGCGGUGCACCGCAGCCUCGGCGUCCACGUCUCCUUCGUCAGGUCAACAAAUUUGGACUCGUGGACUCCAGAACAGCUGAAAAUGAUGGUCUAUGGAGGAAACAACCGUGCACAAGCUUUCUUUAAACAGCAUGGUUGGACAGAUGGUGGAAAAAUUGAAGCAAAGUAUACUUCAAGAGCAGCUGACUUGUACCGGCAGUUGCUUGCUAAAGAGGUUGCUAAAAGCUCCACAGAAGAUGGCAACAAUAGUUGGCCAUCUUCCCCAGUUGCAGCCUCCCAGGCUCCAAAUCAAGCUGCUGCAUUUCCAGAUCUCAAGCUGACAGAGGUGUCAAAAGAAAAUGUAAGUGAAAAGAAAGAGUCUGAGAUUGUUCAUUCGCCUAGAGCUCCAACCCAUUCUUUCAAGAAGCCAAUUGGUGCUAAAAAGCCUGGAAAUAAGACUGGUGGACUUGGUGCACGGAAGCUUACAUCAAAGCAAAAUGAAAGCCUCUAUGAGCAGAAGCCCGAAGAACCAGCUCCCGUCCUGCCAUCAUUGGUGACUGAGAGUACUACAACUAGGAGCAAACGCCAUACUUCUCGAUUUGAAUAUGUAGAAAACGCACCUGCUCCUAAGACUGGGAGCAGCUCCGAAGACAACCACAUGAGUGGACAUGUUGCACCCCCAAAGUCGUCCAACUUCUUUGCUGAAUUUGGGAUGGACAGUGGGUAUCACAAAAAAUCUACAUCCAGUUCAUCCAAAGUGCAGAUUGAGGAAAGCAGUGAAGCAAGACAGAAAUUCUCGAAUGCAAAAUCAAUUUCAUCCUCUCAGUUUUUUGGUGAUCAAGCCAGUUUUGAGAAGGACGCUCAAGUCUCUCUCCAAAAGUUUUCUGGUUCUUCUGCCAUAUCAAGUGCUGAUCUAUUUGGCCAUCCAGCAAACAAUCCUAGCGUGGAUCUCAGUGCUUCAGAUUUGAUCAACAGAAUCUCAUUCCAGGCCACUCAGGAUCUGUCUUCUCUCAAGAACAUGGCAGGGGAAACCGGGAAAAAGUUGACAUCGAUGGCAUCCAACAUCAUUACUGAUCUUCAGGACCGCAUCCUCUGA